UUUCUACAUUCCUUUACAUAAUAUUAUAACAAAAAUGGUUGAAAUCAGAGAAGAAUCUUCACAACCAAACAAUUCAGGCCAACAACCAAAUAAUUCUAAUGUUCAACGAAAAACGCCAAUGGAAUUUGUCAAAGAAUACCCAAAUGAUGUUUUAGCUUUUGGCUUACGUUUGGCAACAUUAUAUUUUGUGAUUUGUUAUAUACUUCCAAUUACUGAUUCAAAAUUUCAAGCUUUAGCGUAUACCAAAGCUUUUGCAGCAGUUGCGGCAACAAAUGCUUUUCGUCUUCAUCAACGCUUAAGAGCUGUAAAUUGGCCAUUUUUUAGUCAAAUGUUUCUUUAUGAGCUUAUGCUUGAGUUGGUUUUUAAAUUAUUUUUUUUUAAAUUUAAUAAGAGGGAAUAUUAUCUUUAA